GGUGAACCGAAGAUGUCUGACACUGCAGAGUCUCCAACAGAGACGCAGAAAGAAGAAACACAGCCACCGUCAGACGACUCGACGACAAAUGACGAGAAGAAGAAAAUCGAUGUGCUGUUGAAGGCAGUGGGAGACACUCCUAUAAUGAAAACAAAGAAGUGGGCAGUGGACAGGGGGAGAACAGUACAGUCUCUUUCACAAUUCAUAUCUCGCUUCCUCAAGCUUGAUGCCAAUGAACAACUAUUCAUCUAUGUUAACCAGUCUUUUGCCCCCUCACCGGAUCAAGAAGUAGGGGUCCUCUUUGAUUGUUUUGGAAGUGAUGGCAAGCUGGUUCUACAUUAUUGUAAAUCUCAAGCCUGGGGUUAACUGCUUUCUACAACUACAUUUUCCCUCCUAUCCCCAUCCUUAACUUCACAAACACGACAACAUAGUGUUGUUUUUCCCCUUUGCUGUUUGCUAUCUUACAGGUUUUUUUGUAAAUACACUGUA